AGAUCUUCCCCAUAUAUAAUCUGGCAUCAAAAACUCGCGCCGCUCCUCCAUUGUUUUCUCUGAGCUCGCAAAAAUGGUUCAACGUCUUGUUUUCCGGUCGCGCCACUCUUACGCCACCAAGUCCAACCAACACCGCAUCGUCAAAACUCCUGGUGGGAAAUUGACUUACCAGACGACGAAGAAGAGAGCUAGUGGACCCAAGUGCCCCGUCACUGGCAAGAGAAUCCAAGGGAUUCCGCAUCUGAGACCUACCGAGUACAAAAGGUCGAGGUUGUCAAGGAACCGGAGGACAGUGAACCGUGCAUAUGGUGGUGCUCUAUCUGGAGUAGCUGUUAGGGAGAGGAUCGUCAGGGCCUUCUUGGUGGAAGAGCAGAAGAUUGUGAAGAAGGUUUUGAAGCUUCAAAAGGCCAAGGAGAAGACUGUGCCAAAGAGUUAGAAGAAAUCUUUGUGGAGUCUUACAAUACAAUUAUAAGAGUGAUGGGGAGGAAUAUCUUGUUGGGAUCGAUAGACAUGAGUUUGAUUCAGAUUUUCGGCGCUAAAAAAAGAAGUUUAGUUAUUUAUGAUUUUUGAGUUAAGUU